GACAGCCGCUAAGCUUCAGAGAAUGAAGCACGCGCAGCCAGAGGAAAUUGUACUGCGUUUGUGAUGUUAUGUAGUUAAAUAUAGCGUUUGUUUACAUUUGCGUUGACGUUGAUUAUCUUUUCUCAUUGGCCUUUAAGGAGGGAUCCCGGAAGUCUGUUUGUUGUGCACAGUGGUCGCAGCCCGUUAGCCGAGCCUCAAGCGGAGACAGGGCAUAGAUGAACCCAGACGGGACCAGCCCCAGGAGCCGGUCACAGCAGCAUCAGACACACCCUUGUCUGGAGGUGGCACUGGAUAAACUGUGUCUGCUGACCGCCAUGACACUGCUCUCCCUCUCACGCUGCUAAUGCAAAUGCGUGUUAGCCUCAAACUGCUUAGUUGUGAGUUAACCAGGAUGUGUGGACUGGAUCUGACCGACUCAUCCUCCUCCUCGUCAUGGCCCGGAGAGAAGAGAUAACCCGGACCAGGCUCUGCGCUGCGGUGCUCACCAGGCGGCCUCUCAACUAGCCGGACAGCUCAGCCAUUGGCCCAGUCACGCUUUCUCUGUGUAAAUGAUAAGACCUCGCAGUCAGUGUGGCGUCAUGAAUUCCCCCGUGUACACCUUUGUCACUCGUGACGAAAACAGCACCGUUUAUGCUGAAGUUUCCAAAAUCCUGCUCUCAACUGGACAAUGGAAGAGGCUGAAAAGAGACAACCCCAGAUUCAACUUGAUACUGGGUGAACGGAACAGGCUUCCCUACGGACGUCUAGGUCAUGAACCAGGACUGGUGCAGCUGGUCAACUACUACAGAGGAGCAGACAAGCUUUGCAGAAAGGCGUCCUUGGUCAAGCUGAUAAAGACCAGCCCGGAGCUGUCCGACUCCGGUAACUGGUUCCCAGAAUCCUACAUCAUCUAUCCCACUAACCUCAAGACCCCGGUGGCUCCAGCCACAAAUGGCAUGAGCCAUCUGAAGAGCAAUCCUAAAACAGAUGAGCGAGAGGUUUUCUUGGCCUCUUAUCACUCUAAAAAGGACAGUGGGGAGGGAACAGCGUGGAUAGCAAAGUCUUCUGCUGGAGCUAAAGGGGCUGGGAUUUUGAUAUCUCAUGAUGCUAAUCAGCUGCUGGAGUACAUCGAUAAUCAGGGUCAGGUUCAUGUCAUUCAGAAGUACCUGGAGAAUCCUUUACUUCUGGAGCCGGGACAUCGGAAAUUUGACAUAAGGAGCUGGGUGCUAGUGGACCAUCAGUAUAACAUCUAUUUGUACCGGGAGGGUGUGCUGCGGACUUCCUCAGAGCCCUACAACGACUCUGACCUCCAGGACAUGACCAGCCACCUGACCAACCACUGCAUCCAGAAGGAGCACUCCCAGAACUACGGCCGGUAUGAGGAGGGGAACGAGAUGUUCUUUGACGAGUUCAGGAUGUACAUGCUGAACACUCACAAUGUCGCCCUGGAGACGAGCAUAUUACCUCAGAUCAAGCAGAUCAUAAAGGGCUGUCUUUCAUGUAUUGAGCCGUCGAUCAGCACCAAGCACCUGUCCUACCAGAGCUUCCAGCUCUUUGGAUUCGAUUUCAUGGUGGACGAGAGCUUCAAAGUGUGGCUCAUUGAGAUCAACGGAGCUCCAGCCUGUGCACAGAAACUAUAUUCAGAGCUAUGUCAAGGCAUUGUGGAUGUGGCCAUUUCCAGUGUCUUCACCCUGAACAGCAGCAGCGACUCCCCCUCUGCCUCCACCUCUCCUUAUUCCUCCUCUCCAUCCUCCAUGUUCACCACCAACUCCUGUUCCUCUCCUAAACUGAGGGCCCCUCUUCACGUCGGCCCUUUCACUCGCCUGUAAGCUCACACUUGUCUCCUCCAAACUAGAAACUUCCCCAUGCUCUGUCCUCGCCCAUAGAGGAGAUGUAGCACACGCCAGCGAGCAGGGCCUUUAUUCAAACCUCCCACUCCCCAGUUCCCCAGGCAAGUCAGGCGAGGUUGAGAGGGAGUCUCUCUUUUCAUGGAAAUCACUGAACUGCAGAAUUAAUCUCUGCGCUCCUCGUUAUGCAUAUCAUAAACGUGCGGAUGCUGAUGAAGGUGUGGGAGUUUCUGAGCGAGGACGAGAUGGCCUUCCAUCUCAGUCCCGCCGCCGCCAGUUUUCUCCCUGGGAAGAUGAAUGGAGCUCUGAGGGAUGUAGAGAUGAUGCCAAGUGAGACUAGUGCCUUACAUUUCCAGCCAUGCUCCCUUAAAAAGACUGCCAGUUAGCUUGCUCUGUUACCGUGACUUGUACUUGUUCUAUAAGCAUUUGCACUGUUGCAGUCAAUGCAGUCAUGAUCCGUCCACAUGAGUAAGCAUAAAUAAGAUUCCCUGAUAAGAGAUCUUGGUGAACUUGUUAUUUUCUCAUCAGACACACAUUUUUUAUUUGUUUUAAUCGUUUUAAUUUGAGUCUAUUUUUUGAUCUGAGGAAUGCUAACUAGCCACAGGGACCGCUCUAAGCAAACCUAUGACUCCCUUCUAAGUAAGUCCAAAUAAGUCUGAUGAGCGAACCAGUCAAGGUUAUACAUCUUUCCUCUGACUUCGCAAUGUGGACACUAAAUAGUAUUUACACGGAGGGCAGGAUGGUGGCAUUAGUGAUCAGGGAGAUCGUCCCUUUGCUCAAACGCCCAAGUUUACAGCAAGCUCCCUGACCUCUGACCUCUCCAUGAAAACGACUCCCUUAAUAGAGUUCAACAGUGAUGUUCCCAUUAGUUUUCAGAUGUCACGUCGGUACAUUCGUAUUGUUUAGCAUCACUACACAAUGUUACUACACUAUAUACUAUCUGAAACACUGUCAACGUACACACAAGACACAAACUACAAUAUAUUGCAAUACUAUAUCAACAAUAAGGUUGAAUUGAAGAACAAACCUGAUGGAAGUCGUUGGAAAGGGAUCAUUCGCAAUGGUUUGUGGGAUGUGUAGUUCCUUUGCUCUUAAAAAUAAUUCUGUACACAGUCCUGUACCUUUUGCCUUUUUCCCAAUAUUUCUUCAGCUGUGAAUCCACUGUUUUAUGGUCAUGAUCCAUCUUGUAGCUGGUUGGCCUGGCUCCAGACUUUUUUUUUUUCAUAUGUGAUCUCUGAAACGUCAAUUCAGAAAAUAUAAUAUGGGAAAUUUACUUCCGAAACCAGAGCCAUUCUUUAAGUGGGGCAGUCAGUGUUUAGUUAAGCUGAAGACACUUUGAUUUGUCAUUUGAAGAGAGCAUGUUCGUGUGAACGCAUGUGGUAGAACGCAUCCUCAUAAACAGAACCGUUUGCCCCCAGUUUGUAAAGAGCUGCCCUUAUAUCUGUGUUCUACUUUAGAACAGAUAAGAGUGUAAAUGUAAAGUGUUGUCCAUAACUUUGUGGAUUAUGUUCUUUUUAAUUGUUGAAAUGGAAGUAGAAUAGAUUGUCCAACGUUUGUUGUUGAUGAUUAGAAUUAGUGUAAAACCCCAUGAAAUAAAACAAGUAAACAUUGGUUUAUAAGGGAGCUGAUGGAGACCAAAUGGAAACCCAACAAUUUGGUUAAUUUGAUGAAAUUUGUAUGUUUAUUUUUGUUUAAAUUAAAUUUGUAAGUUGAUUUAUAUUUCAUGGGGUCACAACAAUGUUUGAGCUCUUUUAUUUUCACUCUUUGUGAAUAGCUGAGACAUGAGAUGGAACUGCCUAAGUUUCUUUACUCCCUAAUGUUUAAGUAGUUUUUCCUUCCUGGUCCGCAGAGGAUAGGAGUGUGUUUCCAUUCAGAAUGAACAGCUGCAUGCUGGGUGGUUGAUUUUUGUUGUGUUUGCAGGGAGCUCAUUUUAGAUUCAAAACAUGUUAGUAGUUCUCUCAUAAUGUUAGAAACCCUGCUGCUCCUCUGUUUUAACCUCAGUUCAGACGUGUGAGGCUUUGUUUCCCACACUAUAUGAGUAACAUAAGUUAAGGGACACCGUCACAGCAUUUAUUCAUGUUUUUAAUCUCCUUGUAUUUGUGUUUACUAGAGAACGCUGAAGAAUGAAGGAUAUGUGAGUGGUUUGUAGGUCAGAAAAAUGGGAUUGUCUUGGGCGGGCUACACUGACAUAAUACAACUUUGUUGUAAAAUGAAUCCCAGAAACUAAGGAUAGAGUCUGGUGAAUCAGUUUCUGAUUUCUGCUGUAGCUGAAAAGAUGUUUGGAAAGAUGAUGUAAGUCAAAAAUUGUUUUGUAGGGCAUGAUUAUGUUGUUUAUUACGUUACAAGGGUUUGAUAGUGGAUUUUGAAAUCCAAAAGCAAACUCUCAGUAUUAUUUAAAUUCAGUUUGUUGGGAAAUUUCUUUCCAUCAAAGGGACGGGUGCCUUAGAGGGAAUAUUGAUUAUUCAUUAAAAAAAAACAAAAAACAAAACGAUGAACCUCCAACAUUGAAAUGCACCUUCAUUUGUUUGUACUGAAAUGAAUUUGCUUUGUUCAUUAUUCAACCUGUUUUGGAUUCAAUGAUGUCAUUUCUAUGUCUUUUUUUUCCUCAUCUUUACCAAAGAUCAAAUUCCAGUUGUAAAAUGUUUUUUACUUACUUUAAUCUGAACGUCAUCACAUCGACUGGCCAACGGGAUCGGAAAGCAAGUCUCAUAUUCAGGGCGACGUGUUUUGUGCUUCUGUUCAGUAAUGUUUUAUUCAGAAUCUUGCAUGAACAUUUGUCUAUCAGAAACAAUACUGCUACAAUAAAAAUAAAAAAAAGUA